AUGGGAAUUUGUGGUAAUUUUUCAGUAUGUAUCAACACAGAAGGAAGUUACAUGUGCAAAUGUCAGGAAGGAUUCCAGUCAAAGUCUGGAAAGGAUAAUUUCACUGAUGUAGCCACUUCUGGAUGUGUAGAUAUUGAUGAGUGCAAUACAAUGGGAAUUUGUGGUCAUUUUUCAGUAUGUAUCAACACAGAAGGAAGUUACAUGUGCAAAUGUCAGCAAGGAUUCCAGUCAAAGUCUGGAAAGGAUAAUUUCACUGAUGUAGCCACUUCUGGAUGUGUAGAUAUUGAUGAGUGCAAUACAAUGGGAAUUUGUGGUCAUUUUUCAGUAUGUAUCAACACAGAAGGAAGUUACAUGUGCAAAUGUCAGCAAGGAUUCCAGUCAAAGUCUGGAAAGGAUAAUUUCACUGAUGUAGCCACUUCUGGAUGUGUAGAUGUUGAUGAGUGCAAUACAACAGGAAUCUGUGGUAAUUUUUCAGUAUGUAUCAACACAGAGGGAAAUUACACAUGCAAAUGUCAGCAAGGAUUCCAGUCAAAGUCUGGAAAGGAUAAUUUCACCGAUGUGGCCCCUUCUGGAUGCGUAGGUAAGGACAUUAUUGUAGGUGUAAAGGAAGACCACUUCCUCAAGGACAAAGCUUUAUAA